CUUCCCGAACCGCCAUUUUGAAAAUUUUGUUGAUUCCGGGAAGCGGAGAGCGCGGCGCGAGCGUCAGGCCAGGCAGCGGCCCGCGCGCCUUCUCCUCGCGGAGCUUCCUCGCGCGCCAGGCUCGCUCGCGGCCGCCGGGAGCCGCGGUAAACAGCAUGUCCUCGUCCGGCCCUGCCGCGGAGGCAGAGGAAACCCCCGCCCAGCCUGCGGCGGAGAAAGAGCCCGAAAUGCAGGGUCUGAAAGCGGAGAGUGAAGAAGAGGAGGAGGAAGAGGAGGACGAAGAGGAAGAGGAGGAGGAGGAAGAAAAAGAAAAAAGUCUCAUCGUGGAAGGCAAGAGGGAAAAGAAGAAAGUAGAAAGAUUGACUAUGCAAGUAUCUUCUUUACAAAAAGAGCCAUUUACAAUUGCACAGGGAAAGGGGCAGAAACUUUGUGAAAUUGAAAGGAUACAUUUCUUUCUUAGUAAGAAGAAAACUGAUGAACUUAGAAAUCUACAUAAACUGCUUUAUAACAGACCAGGCACAGUGUCAUCAUUAAAGAAGAAUGUGGGUCAGUUCAGUGGCUUUCCCUUUGAAAAAGGAAGUGUUCAAUAUAAAAAGAAGGAAGAAAUGUUGAAAAAAUUUAGGAAUGCCAUGCUAAAGAGCAUCUGUGAGGUGCUUGAUUUGGAGAGAUCGGGUGUAAACAGUGAACUGGUGAAGAGGAUCCUAAAUUUCUUAAUGCAUCCAAAGCCUUCUGGCAAACCAUUACCAAAAUCUAAAAAGUCAUCUAGCAAAGGCAGCAAAAAGGAGCGGAACAGUUCUGGAAUGGCAAGGAAAGCUAAACGGACCAAAUGUCCUGAAAUUCUGUCUGAUGAAUCUAGCAGUGAUGAAGAUGAAAAGAAAAACAAAGAAGAAUCUUCAGAUGAUGAAGAUAAAGAAAGUGAAGAGGAGCCACCCAAAAAGACAUCGAAAAAGGAGAAGCCUAAACAGAAAACUACUCCUAAAAGUAAAAAAUCUGUAAAAACUGCUAAUGUUAAGAAGGCAGACAGCAGCACCACCAAAAAGAACCAAAACAGUUCCAAGAAAGAAAGUGAAUCUGAGGAUAGUUCAGAUGAUGAACCUUUAAUUAAAAAACUGAAGAAGCCUCCUACAGAUGAAGAGUUAAAGGAAACAAUAAAGAAAUUACUAACCAAUGCUAAUUUGGAAGAAGUCACAAUGAAGCAGAUUUGCAAAGAGGUAUAUGAAAGUUAUCCUGCUUAUGAUUUAACUGAAAGAAAAGAUUUCAUAAAAACAACAGUUAAAGAGCUGAUAUCUUGAAAAGUAGAGGAGACAGAUGACUUGUUCCCAUGGAUUUAAAGAUCUGAUUUAUACCAGCAAAGAGAAUGUAUUUCCUUUUCUAAAUCCUUGCAAGCAUUGUGUUGGUACAUCUUAUCACAGACUUUUUAUCUUGAGUACUAGUAAGUUUGAGUUUGCUGAUUUUAAAUUGCAUUUCUGUGCAGCUUUUAAGUUUAAAUUUUUGCAUGGCAGUGAUUAUUCCUUGCUUUUAUAGUUGUAUUUUGUACAUUUUGGAUUUCUUUAUAUAUAGUCAAUGAUUCUUGAACUGUUGUAGUUUUUAGUAUGCAUAGUAUUAGCUUCUGAUAUACUUUUAAUCAAGUAGAACAAAAACUAUUAUAACUGACAUUUAUACAUGCAGAGAUAAAUGUAGUAUUUAGUAUAUGAAAUAUUUUGAAUACACAUGAGUAAGUGUGAAAUUCAGUGUCUGUGUGUUCAUUAUAUUAAAAUAUACAAGCUUCAGCUGUCCAGAAGACUAUAAUGGAACUUUUCUCCUGCAUGUAUAUAUAUAUGUCAGAUUGUCAGCAUGACAAAAAUGACAGAUGUUAUUUUUGUAUUUUUUUAAAAAAAAUUUUGUUGUAUAUAUUUUUUUUUAAUUUCUUUUGUGGAGACCCAUUUUAAAACUCAUAGGUAGAUUAUCUUUACAGUUAAAUAAACCAUGAAAUAAAUGUCAGUGUUCAGCCAGAUGGUAUAAUAGAGCAGUAAAUGUCAAUAUUCAGUGAAGAAAAUACUGAAUAGAAACUUUUUCUGCUUUGCCUUGAAAGUGUCAUCUAUGUACUUUAGUGUUAACUCUGUGUCUAUAGAUAGAUUUUAUAUUACAGACAAACCAAAAUCAAAACUUAAAAUUUGGGAAAGACUAAGUUUAAAUACAGAAACAUUUGGCUUAAAGUAAGUGAAUUGAUUUUUAUUAACUACUUGUGCCCAUAUAAAAUGAUACUUAUAGGAAACCUGGCCACCUUAGAUAAUUAUGAUAAAAGUACCAGGUGUGAUGCCUGGUGGUGACAGUAUGUAGGCAAUAGUGGCUAUCUCUAACAAAGGACUUUUUAAGAGUGGUCAUAUCCUCUUAAUACUAAGGAAAUUUAACAUUUGUAGAAUCAGGGCUGUUAGAUUUUAAACUUUGGUCAGUUAAGAUUCUAGGUGAUCUACUCUUGAAUGAGACUAAUUUGUCUUAAAUUGACUAUCUUAAAUGAGUUUAUUAAUUCUGAAUUUAAGGUAAAAUUUACUGCUUAUGAGAAAAAAUAGGCUUUUGAUAAACCAAUUGAGCAUUUACAGUAUCUUUGUGUCAAAGUACAGAAAUAUAUUAAAAUGAUAUAUAUGUUGACUAUUAACAGGUACUUGCACAGAUUCCACUUGUUACAUAAGGUUAUAAAGAAAUUAAUGCAAAUAGAAUAAACAAGAUCUAUGGAUUGGGCUUUGAUUUUUAAAUAUAUUUGUUCUAACAGACCUUGUCAAUAAAAAUUUAAAAAUCAA